AUGGCUGGAGGCUGGUCUCCCGCCAAGGUCGCAAGGGUCAAGAGUAUCAGUUUGCCAGCGAAAAUGAAGUGCACUAGGUGCCAGGCGGAACGGCCCAUCACGAGCUAUUCUGAGUCCCAAAUUGCCCGUCUGCGAAAGAAGCUUGCGACCCAAGGACAGGUAGCGCUGACUCAACACGCUGCACGCUGCCUCCAUUGUACUGGAGGCAUCAUGCCCCCUGAAAUUGAAUGCUCUCGCUGUCGCAAAACAAAGCCACUAAAUGCAUUCACAAAGACCCAGCGUGCAGAUUGGGACUUGGCAACCUGCAAGACCUGCACCGCGUAUUACAUGACUUCGGAGACGUGGGAAGAGGAACGAGAGAAUGCUAUUGCCAUGGGUAUUCCUGAUGGAUACACCGAGAUAGCUUCGACCAUCGGCGAGAGUGUUGAUGGCGGAGUGCGACUCGAAUCCUUGGAAUCGUUUUCGAUUGCUUCGAAGUCUACUAGCCGAAUUUGUCUUCGUCUUGAGGACAAUGGGCAACUUGGUCGUGGAAUAUGGCUUGAAGAUUCUUCUGUCAAUGGCACUGAAGACGGUGAUGAUGAUUCGGUCAAUGAUGCACCCAGUUCGGCCGCGAAAUUCUCUGGAUGGGAUUUCCCUGCCUUGAGGGCAGAAGCGAGUCGUCCAAGUUCAGCAAAUAGCGCCGAAGGCAACCGAAAGAGAUGGGCUAAAGUCAAGUCCGCGGAUCCAAACCGUAAUGCUCGUAUCCUAAAAAUGUCCGACCCCAUGCAUCAUCUGAAUGACGAGGAGGACAAGGAGAGAGCGGAAGCGGUCUCUUUACGGGCUAUGGUCGGCACGAGGGACCGAAGCAAACUAAAUCAGAAAAUACGAGCCGAUGAGGUGGAGGUGACAAUUGAUGACGACGCAUCUAUCGUAAAGGCGAGGGACUCUUGA